AUGAGUGAAGAAUCUCUUAAUAUUAAAGUGUUUAAAAAGCUCUCAAAUAAGCAUUUUCAAGAAGGAUUAGACCGUGCUCCUUCGAUGCUUAAACCAAAACAAGUCACUUCAUUUUAUCAAACAGUUCUUGCUCAUUUCCAGAAAGGAGAAAUACCAUUUGAAAUAGGUGAUUCAAUUCUUAAGACUAUAUACAAAUGUUUGAAAGUAAAAGAAAAUAUACCUCCAUUUAUUGAAGGUCAAUUUGCAGCUUUAUUACCAUUAAAACAAACCAAUUUACUUCCAACAGUCUUUGAUAUAUUCCAUGUAAUAAUUUCUUCCGAUCCAACUAUUGUAGAUGAAACAUUUUCACAAAUAAUGCCAACAUUAAUCAAAUUCGAUGCAAAGAAAUCAUUAACACUCAUCGCACUAUACUGCCAGCAAUUCAGUGAAAUAGAUAAUCCAUGGCCAAUGGUUGAUUUGCUUAUUCAAGAAGCAGCAAAUUUCAAUCAGCCUCAAAUAGCUUCAGAUUACAUUUCUCUCUUAUCAUUUUUGAACAAGCGAUUCAUAGAAUACAGAAAUGGCCGUGCGCAGCAUUGCUGGAACCAAGUUAUGUCGAUGUUAAACACAACAGACAAAAAGACGAUUGUUUCAUGUUACGGAGGCCUCUGUGCCAUUGCUGAUGGCUUUACAGGAGGCACUUUCCAGAUAGAAUUAAUUGCUACCCACCUUUUGAUACCUGAAAUUCAAGAUCCAGCACUUUCUCUCCUUAAUUUCGCAACUCUCAACGAAAAAGAUGCCGGAAACAAGAAGUUAAUACAAUCCCUGAUGCAAAUAGCUGAAAAGAAUGUUCGUGCGUCCCUAGUUUUGAUGAAACUCGCAUAUAAUUCAAACUCAGCGUCCACAGCGAUCUUUUCUACACCGGGAUGGAUGCAGAAACCAUUACCAACGAUGAUUGAUACACUUAGAAUCUUCCUUGUCAUACUUCGACAUAAAAAUAUCAGAGAAUCCGUUGCAGAAAGCACGAACUUCGUUGAUUUCCUCAAAAGCAUCAUCUCAUUGGAUAAACCAGGCGUUGUUCCUAUUGCUUGUACAAUAAUUCGAAGAGUUCCACUGUCAAAAGAUUUAAUUACUCAAAUGUCGUAUUCCGGGUUCUUAGAUUCCUUCUAUAAUGCACCAGAUGAGAAUGAUGAUGGUCUUACACAGCAUUCCAAGCUCCUUUUGACUGAUACUAUUUGCAGAGUGACUUUUGUCAAAGAUUACGUUCUAAUGUGCGACAAAAUCAACAAUAUUAUAGUAUCUAAUGGUGAAUUUGCAGAUGCAGCAGCUCUUGUUGCUAUAAGACUCUGCAAAUAUCCGAAAUGCAAGGCUAGAAUGAAAGAACUCAAAUUAGAUCAGCAUUUCAAGAAAGUUGAAGGAGGUGGAAAGAUGGCAUCAACUGCAAAGAAGUUCUUGAAGGCAAUUAAUGGCUCUGAAGAAUAA